AUGCCCAUCAUGGGGCACAUCCUUACCGGGAGGCCUACCUGGGAAUAUCAGGAGGUGCUGCUGGUCAUCGACAUGCAGAACGACUUUUGCCUGCCGGAUGCGGUGCUGUGCGUCAAGGGUGCCAUGGCCUGCCUGCCUGCCGUGAUCGCGGCGGUGGAGCUAGCACGCCGCAAGGCUGUGGAGAUCAUUUGGGUGAUUCGGGAGCAUGACCCGUCAGGGAUUGAUGUGGAGCUGUUCCGAGAGCCCAUGUUCAGGCUGGGGAGGAGCUCCACGGUUAGGGGAACGCCAGGAGCGGAGCUGGUAGCGGGGCUGGCGGUGCGUCCCGGCGAGCGGAUCGUCAUCAAGAGGAGGUUCAGCGCUUUCUUUGACACCGAGCUGGAUAGAGUAUGCAGGCGGAUGGGAGUGGGGCGCGUGACACCCAAUUGCAUCCGUGGCACCGCUUGGGACGCGAUCGCGCUGGACUACCCGCAAGUCACGGUGCUGUCGGAUGCCACAGCUUCGUCCACCGACGAGGUGCAGCAGGCCAACUUGUACGACUUGCGGGCGGUGUCCGUCGACACUCCAACCGUGGCAGAGUGGGCAGCACAGCUGGGCGAUGUGCAUGAUUGA